CAUCUCACAUACGACAGGCUAAGUCUUCUACUACUGGCUGAGACUACGUAGAAGAGCUCAAGGUCAGUGAAACUGGCAGGCCUCGCUAACAGAAGAAAGAAACAUCUAUUUUGGGAUAGCACUAGAAAAAACCCUCAGAGGACACCAUGCUGAUGGAACUACACAUGAAAUGUGUGUAAUUUAUUAACAGCAAAGCUUUUGGCAAGACUACAUUGUCUGGAAUGCACUCACUCAACAGGUUCUCCUUCUUUCUCACCAUCUGAGACCAGGUCGACUGAUAGAACGACACGCUCCACAAGGGAAUGGGACCAAAAGAACGUGGUGUGAUCCGGUUCAUGUAUUGAUUCUGCUUGAACACCUGCUUUGAUGACGCCAAAAGAUAACGAGGCUAAACCCACCCACUUGAGGUACAGGACAACUGAUACGAGGGGAAGUCUAUAUAGCUUAUACCCUGACACCUGUUGUUCAAGGGUAUCACAAAUUGGAUCCUUCCAUCGAGGUCUAACCAUUUGAAAGUGAUCAUAUUUGCGUAGGAGCAGACGUCAAUAAUCAUGUCUCAUGCCUGGGGUUACGGACCAUCUGACGGACCUGUCAACUGGUGUAAGGACUUCCCCAUUGCUAAUGGGCCCAGGCAGUCUCCUAUUAAUAUUAUUAGUGGCCAAGCAUCCUACGAUUCUGCCCUGAAGCCCCUCAAACUGAACUAUGACCCAUCCAACUCCACAGACAUUCUGAACAAUGGCCAUUCCUUCCAAGUUGGCUUUGUGGAUGAUACUGACAGUUCAACACUGACCGGAGGCCCCAUCACCGGCACAUACAGGCUGAAGCAGUUUCACUUCCACUGGGGAGCCAGUGAUUACAGGGGCUCUGAGCACACUGUCAAUGGAAUCAAGUUCCCAUGUGAGCUCCAUCUGGUGCACUGGAACACCAAGUACCUCAGCUUUAGUGAAGCUGCUAGCCAUCCCGAUGGUCUUGCUGUAGUUGGAGUGUUUCUGAAACUUGGUGCUGCAAACCCCAGACUACAAAGGGUUCUGGAUGCUCUGGAGGCCAUCAAAACAAAGGGGAAGCAAACUACAUUUUCCAACUUUGACGCCGAAACUCUGCUGCCUGACUCACUGGACUACUGGACAUACAAUGGCUCCCUGACCACUCCCCCUCUGCUGGAGAGUGUCACCUGGAUUGUCCUGAAGGAAUCAAUCAGUGUCAGCCUUACCCAGAUGGGAAAAUUCCGCAGCUUGAAGUUCAGUGGGGACGGAGAGGCACAUUGCUGCAUGCAGGACAACUACAGACCCACUCAGCCUCUCAAGGGACGCAAGGUCCGCCGGUCCUUCAAGUAAACAGUCACGUGUCACACCAUCCCCCAUCCAUCUUCCCCAGGUUAUAUAUACAUCGUGUGCCAUUUUAGCACAUGCAUUGGUGCCAGAAUCUGAUAAUUGUUAACCCCAUUGACAAAACCAUCAGUAAAUACUACAAAACAGAAAUGUAAACCUAAACCAAUGCAAUUAUAACGAUAAUAACGAGCCAGUGCAGAUGCGAUUUAUGCACUGGUAUGGAUGGAUAGCAGCUGCUGUAAUCCCUGACGAUCAGCCUCAGGAUCACCCCAGAUUAAUGUCAUUUAGCUGCCUGCCCCUGCAAUAACGGAUGAGUCAGUCAGAGAUAGAGGCCUUUUAAUGGUAUAAUACUACAGGGCUUUUUUUUUCUUCUUCUCUACUCUCAAUAAGCACAAACCGUUGCUAUGCAAGAGAUGGAAUCUUGAAUGAAUCUUUAAACACUUUCCAUAUUUGUAUUGUAUCCUCACAUCAUCAAUGUAUUGUUUGAUUUUUGUCGCUUUAGAUUACAGGUCCAUGCCAAAUAUAAGAGAUGUAAUUUAAGUUUUAUAUUUAUAUAUAUAUAUAUAUAUAUAUGUGUAUAUUUUUGUACUCAUAACUUCCCUCUCUACCUACCGUCACCCCAGUGCAUUAUCGUUGUCUAAAAUCACGGGUGAAAGAAAAUGUUGUGUGAGGUGUCAUUAUGUCAUCCAAGUCCCAUCCACUAUAAUGAAAUCCUGUGUUGUUAAUAUCGGUAACUGUUUUAUAAACUCAAUGUUUAUGGAAUGACACAUCUGUUGGAAAGCUUUGCACAUUUGUGGGGGUAUAUUGAAUUACCACACUAGAGAAAUGUCAGUUGCCCUUUGGCUGUGUGGGAUCAGCCUUACCCAGCUAGGGACCCCACUGUUGAUAAUCAGAGAUCUUCCUUUGAAAGUAUGGACAGAAGGCUUAUUUUGCAGUCACGUGCCCUUAACAAGGAAGUAUUGACCUAUGAGUUCUCCACCUCUGUGGUUCAGGACAAGUUAAUCAAUCACGUUGUGUGGUACAAACAACAGUCACUCCAACUUAAAUAUGUCUUUAUGAUUAACCCUUUCACGUCCUUGUACAAUAUCAAAAUGCGCCUCAGAACAAAUGACUUUUGGUGUAAAUGCAUGGAAUUUGGUGUCAACAUAGUUAGUAAACGUGUCUAGACAGGCCACAUUGAAAUAUUUGAUACUUCCAGUGUCAAUCAAAGUUGGGAUUUUGAGAAUGUUUUUUUUUUAAAUCAUUAAAAUGACUUCAGCAUA